AAAAACGUAAUAUGCGUGGUCGACCGGUGUACAUCGUUCAUAAUUCGACUGAUGUUUGAUAUACAUCGACGACUAGUAGCCUAGAUUCGCCCGAAGCGACAGGUGAUCGCACUCGCGAUUCCGUACGCGAGGCGUUGGCGAAUUUCUACUUGAGCCAAAUCGAGCGAUAUUAAUAUCAAAAUUCAUCAAACGAUGCACCGAACUCGACGCGAGCAACGACAAGUUGCAACGUACGCUCGUCUAUGCAGAUGCGGUGAAACUUCGAUUGUCGAAUCGAACAAUAGGGUGUUCGGAGGAAAGCGAGGAGAAAAAAGUCGACGCAAAAGAGUAGAGAACGGAAAAAAAAUCGACAGCUUCGAAAGGUGGGCAUACAGCUAUUGUAUGUCGUACGUUGAGGUGGUAUCGUCGUUUAAUAUACCCCACGAAACGAGACCAUUAUUUCACUUUCACCACGCGGUGUUCGUACGGUAUAACCGCAUCGACGGUUCAAACCACGCUCAUUGUUAGCCACGCCCUGUAAAACAAUGAUAUUAACUCGACGAUGCUGAUAAUUGAUUCAUACAUGGCUUUUGGCCUCCGACGAACCCUCGAGUGAAAUCAUCGGGGCUUUUUUCCAACGCAAGUUUGCGUUCCGGUGGACCAUGGCUCCCGAAAGAUGAGGCCUCGUUUCUUCGGAUGCGAAUGUCGGUUUAAUUAUAAUUUUUCAUAUACGAUCCACGACGUCGUCCAUUACGCUAACGGUGAGCAGGUUUUUAACGAGUCUCGUUACUUUAGAGAUCAUACGGCGGAUCACUAUCACUUAAGAAAUGCAGCCUAACCGCCGGUAUACGAAAACAACCUCGUAUCGCCGCGACGACCCAUUUAUCUAAUUCCAUUCGUCGAGAUGCAGCAGCUCCGGCAGUUGAAUCGAACGAGUCUAUUUUCACUGAGAGCCGAGCUGACCAAACGGGGUGAUAAACUGGCCAUCAUUGACGCGUAUAAGUCAGGAGAAAAGUCAAACUAGUUCUAGAGAUUUUUCAAGGUACAAGUAUAAAAGAGAUAUUGAAGGACGCUGGACGUAUCACUGUCAUCGCAAGUACCGCGCCGAUCGUAUACCGUGAUGAAAAAUCACAUCGGCCGUAGGAGCUGAACGCUCGGGACUUGGAUACAUCCGUCAUAUUAAUCGAACCGUCGCGAUCGCCGGACGAGAGAAGAAUACCGAAUAUGGAGAUCCUGAUUCUCCUACUGAUAUCGCCCGCGGUUUUCGCCCAACGCUACCGGAAACCGUCGAAUCCGAACGACGAACCGUUCCUGCCUAUCCAUCCCGUCUACCCGUACAGUCCGAAGUUGACGAAGAGGGGCUCCGACAAAGAGAUCGGGACUAUCUUCAAGCCGGAACUCUACGCGCCUAGGACGGAUGCCAGAGACUCGUACACGUCCAGCUACGCCGAGGGUCCGAAGGAUUCGUAUUUUCCCGACGACUACGGAUCUUAUCCACGCGGCCCCGUCGCGCCCUACUCCUCUCCUUACUCGCCGUAUUACGGGAACGCUCUCUACGGUCCUUACGGGAGCCCCUCCUAUUCCGCCGGUCCUUACCCCGACAAUCAAUACGCUUCCGGUGUCCACGGUUCCGCUCCCUAUCCCGGUUAUUAUUCUCAGAGCCCGUAUUUUUACCCGGACUACUACAACCGACCGUUUCCGUACUCCUACCCGGAUUACCUCGGACCUCCCGGGCCUCCCGCAGGACCUCCGAGGAGCGAACCCUCCAGUUUCGGGGAGGAGAACGGCGCGGAGGAGCAGGAGGACAAGCCGAAGUCGGGCAAGACUAAAAUUGACGAGAUUCCGAGCUCCCCGACGAACGACGGAGCCGUAAGUCAAUACGUGGACGGUAAUAACCUCAUAUCACAAAGUUACAAGGACCACGGGGCGCACUCGAGUGUCCAGAAGACGGCCGAUCCGUACAAUCGGAUCGAACAAAUAUCCGACGUCCAUCUGAAGAACAUCCCGCUGCCGCAGCCGACUUACAAGGUCAUUAGCGUCGGGGGACAUCCGGUCGGGCCGGAUUAUCCCAUCCCGAGCAGCUACGCGAGGGCGCAGAUCCUCGAACAAGUGGCGGCUAUGCGGAAUCUGGUGGCCAAGUCGUUGGGACAGAGAUUUUCGAACAGCGGCUCUCAAAAUUCAGCGAGCACUCCUUCUCAUCUGCCUUACGUCGGUGCGGUAGGCCUACUGCAGAACUCUUCGGGAAAACCGGGGGAGGAGGACCCCUAUCCGCCGGGAUCGAGUCCCGUGGGAACGAGUCGGGAGGCCGGACGGUAUUACUCCGAGACAUUGAAUCCCCGAGGAAAAUCGAUCGAGCCGCACGUCUACGGUUCGAAUAGCCACGACCUGCCGGAGAAGGAGAGCGCUCGGUUUCUGUCGGACAUUUACAAUUCCGACAAAAACGGCGCAUCCGGAGCCGAAUACCUCGCCGAUCAGGGGACGCGGGAAACGUUCUCCAAAGCCCCGAGCAAGUACCCGAACCUUCCGUCGUACGCGCAGAAACAACAACAAGCGGUGACGCGAGUGACCUUGGAACAAUCACGCGGGACUUACAUCGCCCCCGAAAAGGCGAGUCCUUCGACUUCUCUGGGAGACCCUGCCGAUCAAUCGUCCGGAACUCGUCGCGAUCAACCUCCCGUGGCGCCCACCAUCCCCUUCAGACCCGAGGCGAACAGCUUUCGACCGGAUGAAAUGCCGGGCGUUGUUUCGUAUAACCAAAAUCAAAAUAACCGACACUCGAUGCCCCAGGCGUUCACUUAUCACUUCGCGAACGUACGUCCCUAUGCGUCAGGGAUGCAACAGCAGAGUAAAACCAACUUGGAAGACGUGAACUUUGGUACAAAACAGGGAAACAAGGGAUAGGGAUGGAAGUGAAGUGAAGAUAUUUUUAACGCGUCUCCAAAAAUCGACCGACACGAAUCGGUCAACGGGGCAUUCGCAUUAUUUGACGAGAACAACUCGUAAGAUAAGACAGUAGUAUACGAUCGUUAUCGAUCUGCGGAAGCAGAGAUGCCGUAUUUUUACCUUGUUUUUUUUUUUUUUUUUUUUUGAUAGUCAUAUUCAAGCAAAGUUAUGAAGCAAAAAAAAAAGAGAAGUUUUCACAGUUUCACGUUGGUGUUAUCAUUAAUCGCGUUUGAAAAUGAUCCAUAAAUUAUCUUGUAUUAUUAUUUAUGAUUAUUGUACCUGUAUUGGUUAGAUAACAUGUA